CAUCCAUUCACUCCGCAGACUCCUGCUAAAUCAGACUGACUUGAAGCCUCCGCCUCAGUGUGUCGCCGUAUGUGAUCAGAGUGACAGAUCACUGUUCAGUCAGCCACGAUGUUGGACAACGAAGACUUUGUGUUGGACACUUCACCGCGCGAGCUCACGCAGAACCCGCUCAGGAAGAUCUGGCUGCCCUGCAAAAACGGGCACAUUUUGCAGAGACGGGUAUGCAUGACAAACUGCCCGACCCUCAUCGUGACUGUGGGACUUCCAGCCCGAGGAAAGACUUACAUUUCAAAGAAGCUCACUCGCUAUUUGAACUGGAUAGGUGUGCCAACAAAAGAGUUCAAUGUCGGAGAGUAUCGCAGGGAGUGUGUGAAGAUCUACAAGUCCUUUGAGUUUUUCCGUCCAGACAACGAAGAAGGCUUGAAAAUCAGACGUCAGUGCGCGAUGAGCGCACUCAAUGAUGUUCGGCAGUACCUAAGUGUUGAAGGAGGACAGGUGGCGGUCUUUGAUGCCACAAACACAACAAGAGAAAGAAGAGGGACCAUCGUCAAGUUCGCUGAUCAGAAUGGAUUCAAGGUGUUUUUUGUGGAGUCUCAGUGUGAAGACCCAAAUGUCGUUGCACAGAAUAUCGUGCAAGUGAAACUGGGAAACCCAGACUACAUUCACUGCAACACAGAAGAGGCCAUUGAGGACUUCAUGAAGAGAAUCAAAUGUUACGAGUCCUCCUACCAGCCUAUGGACGAGACUCUGGACAGGGACCUGUCUUACAUAAAGAUCAUGGACGUGGGCCGUCGCUACCUGGUGAACCGCGUUCUUGACCACGUCCAGAGUCGGAUUGUCUACUACCUGAUGAACAUCCACAUCACGCCGCGCUCCAUCUACCUGUGUCGCCAUGGUGAGAGUGACCUCAACAUCAAGGGACGCAUCGGAGGAGACUCCGGCUUGUCUGCCAGGGGCAAGGAGUUUGCCAGAAAUCUGAGGAAAUUCCUCCAGGAGCAGAACAUCAAGGACCUGAAGGUGUGGACCAGUCAGAUGAAGAGAACGAUCCAGACUGCAGAGAGCCUGGAGGUGCCGUACGAACAGUGGAAGUCUCUCAACGAAAUAGAUGCUGGUGUGUGUGAGGAAAUGAUGUACGAGGAGAUUCAAGAGAAUUUCCCUCUGGAGUUUGCAAUGAGAGACCAAGACAAGUACCGCUACCGUUAUCCUAAAGGAGAGUCUUAUGAAGAUCUGGUGCAGCGACUGGAGCCUGUGAUCAUGGAGCUUGAGCGGCAGGAGAAUGUUCUUGUGGUUUGUCACCAAGCUGUGAUGCGUUGUCUUCUCGCAUAUUUCCUGGACAAGUCUGCCAAGGAGCUGCCUUAUCUCAAGUGCCCUUUGCACACUGUGUUGAAGUUGACCCCGUUGGCAUAUGGCUGCAAAGUGGAGUCUGUGUGUUUAAACGUGGAAGCUGUGAACACCCACAGAGACAGACCAGAGAAUGUGAAUGUGCAGCGCACCACAGAAGACGCUCUGCAGACGGUCCCUGCUCACUUUUAAUGGCCUGCACGUCCUGCGUCCGCUGUGACCUCGUCCUGACGACGCUGAACACAAUAAUGGGAACGGUGCUUAUCGACUGCUCGCUUGUGGCAGCUUCUUCACUAACUGCAGACCAAGUAUCUUCCUAGACUCCCAACUCUAAAGCACUUUCAGUAAAUACAUUUUUAUACAUCCGUUUGUUGUGAACUGUUCUGUCACUGUAGCUCGAGAAUAUUUUUGAUAUGUUGACCUGCCGUUAUCGUUGCAUUUUUAAUAUUCCCCUCAACUCCCACUGUCUUUUUGUGCCAUGGUCGUACAGUACAUCACAUUGUUGUUCAGUAUGUCGUGCGCUCCAGUGUUUGUGAAGCAAAACACCACAAAAAGACUGAGACACCUGGAGCUACUCCAACUAAACAAAGCUCUUCAUCUCUGACCUUUAUAGAAGACACAUGAGCAUUUUAAGUUAGUCUUUUUCCUUGUUAUUGUUUUAUAUUCAGAGGGCAGUCUUUGUGCUGGGUGAACCUAAUCUGAGUAAGAAAACAUUUAAGAUAAAAAAAAUAAAAAAUAAACCUUUCCACAAAGGAUGGAAAUAACAGUGUAACCUUUAACAGAUAUGUCUUUCAGAGCACAGUGCAUUGAGAAAGUAUUUAUACUGAUACACACAGAAUUAUACAUUUCUUUGUGCAAAUGUUUUUAAUUGGAAAAACUCAGCUUUGACAUUGAUGUACGUUUUUAUGGUCCAGUGUGUCAAAGUUAAUACUCCUUCACUUACCCCUCCCUUUCCCAAAAGCAUCUAGUAACUACGGUGGCCCUUGAUGUUCUUCUCACUUUUAAGCAAUAAGCUGCUACUUGAAAAAAGCUUGUUUGGCUGGAGUGAAGCAAGGCCCUUAUUUAUGAUACUUGUUAUGAAACUUAUUGUAAGGCUACAAAAAGAACAGUACUUUUCUCUUAAAGCUCCAGUUUGGAACCUCUAUCGCUCGUGUCUCCUCAUCCACAGAGAGAAGAGAGACAGAAAAGAAGCCAUUUGCUUCACACAACAAUUUCCUCGUAGUAGUUCGCUAAGUUAUGUGUCGUUUAUCUGUAUUUUACCUUGAGCACACAUUACUUUAGUAAUAGUUGAUCACGUUUGUGAGAAGCUAAAAUUGUCUGAACCUCCAGGAUUAAAAAGAUUUAAAAUCCACCUUUUAAAUCUUUUCAUGGCCACGUCUUCUGUAUGAAACUGUUCCUCGCACUGUGUGCUUCUUCCAUCUUGCCUGCUCAGUUGUGACGUAAAAUGCGGAACUAUAGUGUGCAGAUGUAACGGUUGAAAUUGAAACGUUUAACCGAUUAAACACUAAUACAAACAAACCUAUAGGUAGUACAGUACAUUCCAUUUCUGCCAAUAAACCCACAAAAUGUGA